GAGAGAGUUUUUUCAGGCUAUGGAAAAGCACAGAAUCUGCAAGAUCUGCAACAGGCGAUUUGCCAACGGCAAAGCCAUGGGGGGCCACAUGAGAUCUCAUCUGGCCAAGCAUCCGAUCCCUCCCAAGCCGCCACAACAGCACGACAACUCUCCACCCGCAGCCGCCGAGUCAACUCAGCCAUCUCCGUCCUCGUCCUCGUCCCUCGUCCUCCACUCCAUAAAGAACCCCAUGCAGUCCUACCGAUCCCUCAACGGCGAGCUGGCAAACUCCGACAGGGAAAGCGAGAACGAGUCUCACCCUCAAAACCCGACUCGCAGGAGAUCCAAACGGCAACGCAAAACCGCCGUGCCCGUACCCGAACCAGAACCCGAACCGGUGAGUUCUGUCUCCGACGCUUUUCCGGAAGAAGACGUGGCCAUGUGUCUUCUAAUGCUUUCUCGGGAUAAAUGGUCAAAAGGGAAAGAAAAAGUUCGACUCGAAGAUGAUGAAGAAGACGAGGAUCACGAUUAUCCACUCUGCCAGAUUCGCACGCAAACGCAGCCGCAGGCGAAGUUCAGGUGCGAGACGUGUAGGAAAGUGUUUCGAUCUUAUCAGGCUCUUGGCGGCCAUAGAGCGAGCCACAAGAAAACCAAGCUCAAUGAAGAACAUGUCGAAGAUCUGUUUCAAAAAAAAAAACAUGUCGAAGAUCAAGGCAAUAAGGUUGUCGUUGAAGACAGAGUAUUUGAAUGCCCAUUUUGUUUAAGAGUGUUCGAGUCGGGUCAAGCGCUGGGUGGGCACAAGAAAGUCCAUUUCUCCAACUUCGGUGACAUCGCUAGAAGCUCUGCAAGAUCACUCGGAGGAGACAAUUUGAUAGAUCUUAAUUUACCGGCUCCCGAAGAAGAAGACGAAGUUAGCCAGCAGGUUGCGUUGUCAACUGUGUCCAAUGCAGCAUAGGUAAACAAAAAAAUCCAUGCUUGUUUUUUGUUUUUUUUUUUUUCUUCUUUGUACAUAUUCAUAUGA